AUUUGAACUGACGCUUUUAUCACCUGAAUGUAAACAUCCCACCUUUCUGUCCUGAGAACAUAUGUGUACCAGGUGGAUUUUCCUUUGGUGCUGUGGACUCAGACCCCAUGAACAUGCAAAGUCUGAGGCUGAAUGCAUGAAUGCAUCACAAAGUUUAGUCUGCGGCUGUGGAGUAGUAGUACUGUUGUGGAGACUGUGAUUCUAGUAAACCUGAGGUCAGAGUCCUCAGUGUUAAACCCACAGCUGUCAGACAAUUGUUUGUGAUCAUUUUUCAUCUUUUUCUACUUUAUAUUUCUUAUGUAUAUCUUAAUGCUGUUUCAGAGCCUUGUCAGCACUGCCAGUGUUUUUUGGAAGGAAAUCUGCUGAAUCCUUUAUUUUUCACCUCCAAGAAAAGUAGAGGUUCCACCACAGCUCCACCUGUUCAAACAAAAUGCCAGAAGGACCUGAGCUCCACUUGGCUAGCUGUUAUGUGAACAAAAUGUGUGAUGGAGUGGUGUUCACUGGUGCAGUUAGAAAAUCUGAGGUCAGCAAGAGUCCUGAUGUGCCCUUCAACUCUGAGGCCUAUCGCAUCACUGCCACUUCCAGAGGGAAGGAAGUGAAGCUCACACUGACGCCCAUAGGUGGUGAUUCAAAGCGGAGAGUGAAGGCAGGACAAGCUGACCAGCCCAUGGACAUCAUCUUUCGCUUUGGGAUGUCUGGCUUUUUCCGUUUAACCAGUGAGGAUGAGCUCCCAAAGCAUUCACAUCUGCGAUUUUAUUCCAAAGAGAAGCCCUGCAGAGUGCUAAGCUUUGUGGAUGCACGCAGGUUUGGUACCUGGCACCCCAAUGGGACAUGGCAGCCAGACAGAGGACCCUGCAUCAUGUUUGAGUACAAAAGCUUCAGGGAGAAUGUUUUGUCCCAUCUAUCUGACCGUGCCUUUGAUCGGCCCAUCUGUGAGGUUAUGCUCAACCAGAAAUAUUUUAAUGGCAUCGGGAACUACCUGAGGGCAGAAAUUCUUUACAGGUUAAACAUCCCACCCUUUGUGUGUGCCAGAACUGUACUGGAAGGCCUUGAGUCAGAGGAUUUGUGUGAAAGUGAGAAGCCUGUAAAAAAGGAGUUCUCAGACGUCAAGGUGAAACGCCCAGACAAAAAUGCAUUUAUCAAGUCAUCCUCUGCUGACCUCAACCAUCUUUCAUUUUCUUACAAUGCUUUUCUUUCUUCUAUGCUAAAGGGUUCAGACAGAAUCACAAAGGUUAAAGUGAAAGAAGAGAAGACAGACCUGCUCAGACUCAGUCAUACUGUACCUCUGGAGGUUGUAAGCCUAGGAGGAAAGGGCUAUGAUCCAGAAAAGGCCGACUACUCUGGUUUUCAGGCGUGGCUGCAGUGUUACAGCGUGGAUGGAAUGAAAUCUGUUCGGGACCACAAUGGCAGAACAAUGUGGUUUCAAGGAGAUUCUGGGCCAAUGGUGCCUAAAGACCUAAAGUCACCCAAGGCAAAAAAGAGAGUGAAGAAAGAAGAUGACCAUGAUUAUACAGACAAGAAAAAGGUUUCCAGGGGUCGCUCUAAAAGCACAUUAAAGAGAAAGCUGAUCAAAGAGGAAACUGUGAUCAAAACCCCGAAGAAAGAAAAGGAUGCACGUCUCAAGGAAGCAGGAUCCAAGAGAAGAAAGACUGAAAAACCUCAGGAAAUAAACACACCUCAUCGUGAAAAGAGAUCAACUGCACGCAGGAGGAAGAGCAGCAGUAAUGACACAGCUGCAGGGUCACAGAGGCAGAGCAGGAGAAUGAGCAGCAAAUAAAUACAGGGAGACACUGUUCUGUUUUUAUACUUUUUAUACAUUUUUCAUUAAAAAAUAUAAUGAAAUU